AUGCCCGACUUCGAGAAGCGGGCGGCCAGGUGGACCUGGCUCUACAAAGCGCUCUGUAACAAGGCCAUAGCAGAAUGGUUUCUUUCCGACCUGACAAAGAGCCAUGUCCACCAUGUGGACAUGUGGAAGUUGUGGAAGCCGGAGAAGCUGGCGGCAGUCCUCAAUCAGCAGGUGGUUAUCAUCAGUGGAUUGGACGCUCGCCGGCCGGAGAUUGAGAUGAGGGGGCAAGGAGCCCGAGAGCGCAACGUGACUGGGACGACAGCGACGAUGUCCACGGAGACUACGACAACCGCGAGCCAGCCUCCCCCAUCUUGGAAGCACUACCCGCUCAGGGUACUACCAUCAUGGUAUUUGGCCAAGAAUGACAAUUCCGAGGAUCAGCACUGGACCCCAAACACUUUUGUCGACCCGGGGUUUCAGGAGAACGAUACCAUGUCCGACAUCUACCUUUACUAG